GUUGUUUGCAGGUCCCCCACUCAAAGAUCCAAGAUGCCGAGAAUAAUGAUCAAAGGUGGUGUGUGGCGGAACACCGAGGAUGAAAUUUUGAAGGCUGCUGUUAUGAAAUAUGGGAAAAACCAGUGGGCAAGAAUCGCAUCACUGCUGCACAGAAAGUCUGCCAAACAGUGUAAAGCCAGAUGGUUUGAAUGGUUGGACCCUAGUAUCAAGAAGACAGAAUGGAGCAGAGAAGAGGAGGAAAAAUUGCUACAUUUGGCCAAGCUGAUGCCAACACAAUGGAGAACAAUUGCCCCUAUCAUUGGACGUACUGCUGCCCAGUGUCUGGAGCAUUAUGAAUACUUACUAGAUAAAGCACAAAAUCGCGAUGAAUCUGAGGAUGAUCCAAGGAAACUUCGACCAGGAGAGAUUGAUCCAAAUCCAGAAACAAAACCAGCCAAGCCAGAUCCUGUGGACAUGGAUGAAGAUGAGUUGGAGAUGUUAUCUGAAGCCCGUGCUAGGCUAGCAAACACACAGGGUAAAAAAGCCAAACGUAAAGCAAGAGAAAAACAGCUGGAAGAGGCAAGGAGAUUGGCAGCUUUACAGAAGAGACGUGAGCUGAGGGCAGCGGGUAUUGACAUCAAGAAACAGAGGAAGAAGAAGAGAGGAGUUGACUACAAUGCUGAAAUUCCAUUUGAAAAGAAACCUGCUCCAGGUUUCUACGAUACUUCUGAGGAAGUAUAUGUGGCAGAAGAACCCAAUUUCAAGCGUCUCAGACAACAAAAUCUUGAUGGAGACCGCAGAUCAGACAAGGAAGAGAAAGAGCGAAGGAAGGACAAACAAAAACAGAAGAAGAGAAAAGAGAACGACCUACCAGGAGCUAUUGCCAGCCAAAGCAACUUUCAGGAACCAGUAAAGAAAAGGAGCAAGUUGGUGUUGCCUUCCCCUCAGAUAUCUGAUGCUGAACUUGAGGAGGUUGUGAAGGUCGGUCAGGCCAGUGAGUAUGCACGUCAACAGGCUGAGGAGAGCGGAACCCAGGAUGGGGCAAGUCAGGCCCUCCUCCAGGACUACAGUCUCAACCCUACAGCUACCAACCUGCGCACCCCAAGGACUCCAGCACUGCAGGACAACAUCAUCCAGGAAGCGCAGAACAUAAUGGCGUUGACUGUAGUUGACACACCCCUAAAGGGUGGACUAAACACACCUCUGACCGAGUCUGAUUUUAGUAGUGUUACUCCCAAACACAAUCUACCACAGACUCCAAACACAAUGAUCGCCACACCAAUGAGGACUCCAGGCCCAGGGGAGGGACCAGGAAUGACCCCUCAGAUGGUUGGGGGGAUGACACCUAGGGGAAUGCCCGGACAACAGACACCUUUGAGGACACCAGUUAGAGACAAACUAAACAUCAACCAGCCCGAGGAGAACUUUGAUAUGGCAGUCAGUGACCAGUUCUAUCAGCAAGACCUAAAGAAACAGCUGAAGCAAGGUCUUGCCAGUCUUCCGCGUCCAAAGAAUGAUUACGAGAUUGUAGUCCCUGAGGACAUGGAGCAGACGGGCGACGAGCAGAUGGAGACUGACACAUAUGUAGAAGACCAGGCUGAUGUGGACCAGCGCUACGAGGAGAUCCAACAUGCCAAACGUAUGAAGGAAUUACGACUCCGUUCCCAAGCGGUGCAAUUGGAUCUUCCUCGGCCAGCAGAUAUCAACAAAAACAUCCUACGUGUGGUAGGACCAGGUGACCCACCUCUGCUGGAACUACAGAAGGCAGAAGAGCUGAUCAAAAAAGAGAUGCUGACGAUGCUACAUUAUGAUGCUGUGUACAGCCCCACACCAGGGCAGCUGGGAGUCAACCCCAACAGUAAAAAGCCAAGCCAGAAGGGUGUGGUGAAUCAGGCCCAACAUCUAGCUUAUCUAGAGCAGCAUCCUUAUUCCAGCUACACUGAGGAUGACAUUGAUAUGGCCAAGCAGCUGCUGAAAAGAGAGAUGGAGGUGGUAAAGACAGGCAUGAACCACGGAGACUUGUCUAUAGAAUCCUACUCGCAGGUGUGGGAGGAGUGUUACUCCCAGGUACUCUAUCUCCCCUCACAAAACCGCUACACACGUGCCAACCUCGCAAACAAAAAGGACCGCAUAGAGUCACUCGAGAAACGUCUUGAGGGUAACAGAGCACACAUGACCAAAGAUGCUAAACAAGCAGCAAAGCUAGAAAAAAGAUUAAAGAUCCUUCUCGGAGGCUAUCAGUCACGUUCCCAAGGUUUGAUUAAACAGAUUCAUGAUGUUUAUGAACAAAUUGAGCAGACCUUUGUGGAGCUGAAAACAUUUGAAAAUCUGCGACAACAUGAGUUAGGAGCUAUACCAAAACGAUCAGAGUCUUUAACAGAAGAUGUACAGAGACAGACAGAGCGAGAAAGAGAGUUACAAAAAAAGUUCAGUGAGCUUCAGUACAGAAAAGACAUACUGCAGUACGAGAGGAGGUGAAAGGACAUUGACAGUGAGCUUCAGUACAGAAAAGACAUACUGCAGUACGAGAGGAGGUGAAAGGACAUUGACAGUGAGCUUCAGUACAGAAAAGACAUACUGCAGUACGAGAGGAGGUGAAAGGACAUUGACAGUGAGCUUCAGUACAGAAAAGACAUACUGCAGUACGAGAGGAGGUGAAAGGACAUUGACAGUGAGCUUCAGUACAGAAAAGAUAUACUGCAGUACGAGAGGAGGUGAAAGGACAUUGACAGUGAGCUUCAGUACAGAAAAGACAUACUGCAGUAGGAGAGGAGGUGAAAGGACAAUGACAUUGUCAUUUAUAGAAAAGACAUUUCAGCAUGAGAGGAUGUGAAAGAAACUUGAUGUGAAUUGUAGAAAAUAUGUUUGAGAAGAAUUUACAUGAGUUGGAUAGAAAAGGCAUUCUUCAGAGAAGAGGAAAGAAAAAAAGAAGAUAAUGUUGAUUGAAUGUGUUCUGUUCAAAUAUGAAUGCAAUUGUUUGGUGUAUGGAUGAUAGAAAAACAGUCAAGGACAGAUGUUGUGAAAUUUACUUCAACUGAUAUAGAGAAGAAAAUUGUGAAAUAUGAAUGAUUAUAGUAAAUAUUAUAGAUAGUAGUUCACUACCAGUUUGGCUUAAAUAGGUCACUGUGACCUACAUCCGAGGAAAUGCAUUUUAGGUAAAGUUGUGAAUUGUUUUGGGAGAUCCCGUAACCCAUAGGAAGCUCUCGUCUUACUCUUAAUUCUAACGUGAAGUAAGUGUAUAAGCGUAUCUGUUUAAUAGUCUAUAUACUCCGGGACCUGAACGCCUCACCUAUAAAUCAGGGGGGGUUACUCUUUGUGAUUUGCGACAAAUGUUUCUCAUUGGACAAUGUGUAAAUUUUCAGUAAGAAGCCACAUUGACUCAACAGCAGUCAUUUUGUUCAACCAGGAAGCAAAAGUGGCAUUAUAUUAAUGCUUGUAAUAUAAUAGCUUGCAUUCCAAAUUUUGAAUAAAAUGAGACAAUACCAAC